UAACAGAGACUAGGGAAGGGAGUAGGGAUAUCGGAGCAACACCAGAAUCGCGCAGUGUUUAUGCAAACUCUCUGAGCAUUAUGUCUCAUAGGUUCGCCCAUGGUGGUACCAGGCAAACAGGAAACAAGGGUUUCGCCAAAACUCAAAAGAUCUUCGUCGCCAAAAAUCAUGAUCAAAACCAAAUCCCAACCUCUCGGCCGCCGAACCCUACCCCCACGCUCUCCAAUUCUCUCAGGCAAUCGCUUUCGCAUCACUCCGACACCGCGAGCAAGGUUCGCUCCGGCGGUGGCAAUUUCGUAAUUUACUUGCCCCAGGAUGAGGCGGUGGCGGCGGGCCUCGGCGCCGAUGAAGGCGGAUUGGAUCCGGUGGAGUCUCAGCGAGUUGUCGAUCUUUUGAACAGAGAGCUUUCUCGGUUGCUGAAGUUGAGCCCUAAGGAGUUCUGGAGAGAAGUGGCUAGUGAUACUUCUUUGCAUGAAUUCCUGGAUAGCUUUCUACAAUUCAGGAGCAGAUGGUACGAUUUCCCUCACCAUGGGGCGAAGGAAAUGGUUGCCGGAGUUAUUGUUGGAGAGAUUGAAUUAAGCCGCCGUGUUUUUAUGGUAUUAUAUCGCAUAUCUUCCAAUAGAGAUCCCGGGGCUCGUGCCGCCGACAGCCUCAGUCCUAAAGACCAUGGAGUUCUUUUGCAGGAAAAGAGGUUGCUUGAUUUGCCUAAACUAUUAGAUAUAUGCGCUAUAUAUGGCCAUGAGAAUGAGGACUUAACCGGGGUUUUGGUUAAGAAUGCUUUAAGUGCCCAGCCUCGUAUCCAUGAAUACUUGAGUUCAGUGGUGUCUCAGUUCCUGAGCAUUGUUAACACAAUGCAUCAACGUUGCACCUCAUCCCUCGAGGCUCUCUCUUCUGGGAACCACGGAGACCAUGGAUCUAGUCGUCUUUAUGCUGAUAUGCUGGAGGUAAUGGACUUCAUAAACGAUGCAAUUGUUUCCAUGGAUGCUUUUGUAAGUGCAUACAAACCAGCAGCUGUGUUCUUCUCAUUGCCGGUUGAAAUGAGAGAAGGUAACGAGGAACUGCUCUGCACUCUUGCAAAGUUGCAUGAUUCAUUGCUUCCUUCGUUGCAGCGGGGUUUCCAGAUUAUGUUAACAUCUGGAGAAGAUGGAAUGGCCACAAAUAUUCGUUUAAGCUUGAACUUGCUAGCAACGAGAAUAAUCAAGUUUGGUUGGAACUUAUUUGAAUUUGCCUAUCUAAGUGACGGGGUGUUUGGAGAUAAUCUCCCCAUUCCAGUUGCCACAAAAAUGUUUCCAGCAAGUAUAGAAGAUCCUGCUAUAAGGGCGGAUAUUCUUGUUCAAACUUUCAGAGAAAUUAGUGCUGUUUCAGUAUCUGUUCAAGAAAACAACAGUAGAGAAACAUUUCUUCAAAAUAUUGAAAAGAUAUUUCAUCUGAUGAGCAAACUGGAGAGCUUACGUAAUACCGGAUGGAUAUUCAUGGAUAGCGAGCAACUUGAGUAUGUUUCGGGGAUAUUCAUGCACUCCAAGAAUGCCACUGUUAAGGAGUUCCCCAACAGGCAGAGUCCUGGGACAAUUAACAAACCAGAAAUGGAUGAAGAUGCCGCAAUUGUGGAGUCUAAGAUAAGUCAGAUAAAGGAUCUCUUCCCUGAUUAUGGAAAAGGAUUUCUAGCUGCAUGUCUUGAAGCUUACAACCAGAAUCCAGAAGAGGUGAUUCAGAGGAUUCUCGAGGGGACUCUUCAUCAGGAUCUUCAGGCCCUGGAUAUUUCACUAGAGGUGAUGCCUACAGCCAAGACUGCUUCAACUGUUAGCAAAAAUGACAAAGGGAAAGGGAAACUUGUUGAAUCGGCACCAGUUUCCUUCACCAAUUCAGUGGCUGGAGGAAGGGUGCAACAGAACGAACGUCCUUCAGUCUCAUCUUCAUCUUCCCAGGGAAGGUUUGUUAGGAAAUUCAAAACUGACGAGCCGGACUCCAAUACCCUUGAUAAUAAAAAUGAGAAGGAUUCGGCAAAUAUUGCGGCUCUUUUAUCACAAUACGAGUACGAAGACGAGUACGAUGACUCUUUUGAUGAUCUAGGUCUGAGUGUAGCAGAGUCAGGGUUAGAGGAAACUGAGAUCUUCGGUGACAAAAUAAGGUCCGGAAAAUCUUGGGAGAAAGAGACUGAAAGCUCUUCUCAGAAUCCCUCUAACAGUUCAAAAUGGGGCUCAAGAAAGAAACCACAGUACUACGUAAAGGAUGGUAAGAACUACAGUUACAAGGUUGAAGGUUCAGUUGCGGUUGCAAAUGCUAGUGAAGCGUCCCUAGUCACUCACGCUCAAAAAGAAUUGAUUUAUGGGCUCGGACGUGGUGGCAAUAUUCCGCUGGGUGCAGUGAAGCAGCUGAUGGAGGCCACCGAAGAGCAAGAUGAGCAGCAGCAAGAUGUUUCUGCGACGGACAGAAGAAGAUUUGGAAAUCAAAGGGGCAGGGGAAGGAGAGGAGAUGGCCAGCAGAGGGAUUCAAACGAGGAGCAAGAUAAGCAGUUUGGUGCCACUGAAGGUGAAGGCACAGAGAAUGCGGGCAAUUACAGGGGAAGAGGAGGAAGGAGAGGAGGGGGAAGGAACCGUUACAGGAAGGACAGGGCUGUUGCAAAGCACUUUUCUGGGUUAGGUGGUUAUUGACUUUUACAGGCGUGGAGGAACUCGCCAUAACCCUUUCCCACUGCUCAACUUCUUUCAUGACCAAUCAGUUUUGAAGCUACAAAUGACUAUUGGAAUUAUAAUUUUGGGUGCCUAAGAGUAGAUGGCUAGAUGCCAUUUGCAAUUGCUGUAAAUUAGGGUUGAGAAAUUUUUCUUUUUUCGUUUUCCCCGACAAGUUAAAAGGAUUUUACAUAUGUUACCAUUUGCUUGAAAUAAUCGCAACGGUCCAAAGAAGGAUCAACUUGUGACCCCCUUUCUUUUCUUUUUUUUUUUUUUUUUUUUUUUUUUUAAAAUAACACCCUUUAAUUUAAAACGAAAGGUAUAAUUGAUAAAAACACCAAACGAUAUAAAUGAAUUUUAAAAUCUUACAAGGUCCGAUAUUCUUGAUAUUUUAAAAUUCGGCCGGAGUUGCUUUUUCUGCCGCUCGUCCUGAACCUUUUCUCCAGCACAAUCUUAGCUCAUCAAGACUAAUCCUGGCCAUGAAACUGCGCGACCUGUUUAGCUUUUAUUACUGUCAGGAAUCUUUACCGCAUAGACUCAUUAGCCACAAAAGUUUUUAUCCACUGGGAUGCGCAUAUUGAUAUUAGCAUUUGUUUCUCUUGCCCGACUAAUCAAAAAAUAGACACCACUUUAACUUAAACAUUAGUCAAUUGCACACUUCACUUUCAUGUCAAUUGCACAUUUAGUCACAAGACAAGUAAUUAAAUGAAUACUUCAGCAG